UCAUUUGUACAUAACUCGGCCUCUGAAACUCUAGUUAUUAGAAAUCUCAAGUGAUUUAGCCAGAACUGAAACUGGGUCGCGCUUUGUUUCAAUUCAAUGGAGGGUAGCCACCGAAAAGGCUAUGCUUGGGCGAUUUUAGCCGGGCUUAACGCUGCCCUGGCUGCCAUUGUUGCUAAGCUAUUCUUUCCUCAGCUUAUCAAGUUUGGCCUGGUCAUAUUCUUCAAUGUGAUCAUGUGGGGAUGCUACAUAAGUAGCUUGAAAGCACUGUCAUCUCUGCAAGCUACAGUCACAAACUUUGCCACUAACUUUCUCUCUUCAGGUCUAGCAGGGUUCCUACUUUUUGAGGAAUCAUUGUCUCCUCAGUGGUUUGCAGGUGCUACCCUUAUUGUUCUUGGUGUUUUCAUACUUAGCAAAUCAAGCAUAGAGAGAAACGCUCACUCAGACUAGUGAUUUUGUUUGAUUCAGCUGCCUGUGUUCUGCUUGUCAAAGUUUUACAACCCGGAACCCAGUCUGCAACUGUCACUUUGUC